AUUUGGUGGCGCGCAGGUUGGUGAGGGGCGUUUCCUGCUGGAGGCUGAGCUGCUGCCCGCUGAUGUCAGGAUCGGCGCUGAGGAGGGGGGCGGGGCCCCGCCAGCGUGCGGCUCUCCAGUCAUCUGAGCAUUAAAGAGGUAACCUCUAACUCACACUUAACUCCGCGCUCCUGCAUCCUCCUGGAGCUCCCGCAUUUCUUCUUCUUCUUCUUCUUUCUUCAGAUUCUGCUGUCCUCCCUCUGUUUUUUUUUUUUGUUUGUUUGUUUUUUUUCGUUUUUCUUUUGGUUCUUGACUCGAAAAUGUCCCGUUAAUUUUCACGCGCAAAAGUUAACGAGGAUUAACCAAUCACCCCCUGGACGCCGCAGUUUGCAUGGGGGGUUUGGGGAAGCCGUCGGGGAGGGGGGGGGAGGAGGACAGUCUGACAGCGAGGUGCGCAUCAAACUGAUGCUUCCUGUAUCUGCUGCUGCUGCUGCUGCUGCUGCUGGGGACCCAGAGGAGUGACAAAACAGGAACGCUCGGACUUUCCAACAAGUUCUGCUGCGAACGGCAAGACUUUUUUUUUCUUUUCUUUCUUUUUUUUUUUUUUUCAAAUGGCAAGUUCUGCCUCUCUGGAGACAGUGAUGUCCUGCGGUAAGACCGGGCCCUCCGGGGCUCCGAAGAGCCUGGCUUUCUCCAUCGACCGGAUCAUGUCCAAGAGCUCGGAGCCGAGAGGCGGCGCGGAGGAGCGCUCGGAGGGGAAGAAGUUGCUCGGCCUCUGCUCCCCCAUCCCCUGCAUGAUCCCGCUGCAGCCGUUCAGCUACGACCUGCAGGCCAAGGCGCUGAUGAACUACUCGGAGCUCUGGAGAGCCAGCCUUAGGGGAACGUUCUGUGGAUCGGCGGCCGCGCCGUGCAAAGGGAACUGCGGCGUGUGCGCCAGAGCGGAGUCCACGUUGAAGCAGCCGGUGCCGCCCACCGGCAGCAGGGUGGUGAAGCCGCAGGUCAUCCACCAAGCCGUGGCCGUGCCCAGCGUGGGCUCGCUCUACUACCUGAAUUACCUUGACUCUGCGUACCAGCAGUCAGAGCUCCUGGCCGGACACUGGCUCUCCACCCCCCAGGUCCAGGCGUCCCUGUCGGCGCACCACAGACUCCUGCUGCUGGAGAACGCCAAGCUAGCCGGCGCCGGCUCCGAGAAGCUCCCCACUCCCCAGUACCCACACAAGGAGCAUCUGCCGGGCCAGCUGGACCAGAUAGUGAAGGAGAACCACGCUCUGGUUGGCGAGAAGAACGGCGUCAAGACGCACGGCAAGCUCAGCUCCGGCGGCUGCGGCGCGGAAGGCAAGCACAAAAACUUCACGUGUGAAGUUUGUGGGAAGGUUUUUAACGCGCAUUAUAACCUGACCAGACACAUGCCGGUGCACACCGGGGCCCGGCCGUUUGUGUGCAAAGUGUGCGGCAAAGGCUUCCGACAGGCCAGCACGCUCUGCAGGCACAAGAUCAUCCACACUCAGGAGAAGCCGCACAAAUGCAACCAGUGCGGCAAGGCGUUCAACAGGAGCUCCACGCUCAACACGCACGUGCGCAUCCACGCCGGAUACAAGCCGUUUGUGUGCGAGUUCUGCGGGAAAGGUUUCCACCAGAAAGGGAACUACAAGAACCACAAGUUGACGCACAGCGGGGAGAAGCAGUACAAGUGCUCCAUCUGCAACAAGGCCUUCCACCAGAUCUACAACCUGACGUUUCACAUGCACACGCACAACGACAAGAAGCCGUUCACCUGCGCCACCUGCGGCAAAGGCUUCUGCCGCAACUUUGACUUGAAGAAGCACAUCAGGAAGCUCCACGAGAGCGGCUUCGCUGCGGUCUCGGAGGCCCUGAGGGAGCCGCAGAGCUGAGACCUGCUGAGAGGACAGGGCGGGCUCCGGGUCACCAUGACUGGUGUUCUUGGAAUAAGAGAAAAUAAAAAUAAAUACAUUUAAAAAAAACAAAAAAAAAUCCCGGCCUGAGGUGAGAAAGCCCCUCUGAGACUGGACUCAAAUGGGUGUGGCGAGUCUUAGGGGCCCGUGCGCUAACACAGGGGGGGAUGAGCCGACCAGAACCCGAGAAGAGCGAGCUGAAAGGAGCUGAAAGGAACAUUCUGAUUUCUUUUCUUUGUCAUCUAGCAUUCCUCCUCAUAGAUGUGGAACACACGGCGCCGAACCACCCGACCGAUGAACACAGCAGGUCAAAAAACGUCGCUAUUUAAAUAUGAGUCGCCGUGUCAUGUAUUUUACUGGAAAGUGUUAAUGUGAAUAAAUAACUUAUAACUUAUAAUGAAA